GAGCCAGCUACAUCACAAAUUCAGUCAGGUGUUCCUAGUAGUGCUUAUGAUGAAAAUUAUCAGCGUUCUUUCUCUCAGUAUGGAGGAUAUGCACCACAUCCCUCGUAUCAACCUCAACCGCCGGCGCCUGUAAAUACUUUUGUUCCAACCCAAGCUCCUCAUGUUUCCCAGGCAAAUUUUGCUUCAUCACCUGGAACCACUCAGCCUGCCGUAAGAUCAUUUGUUCCUGCAAAUCCUCCUGGUCUAAGAAAUGCUGAUAAAUACCAGCAACCAACUACCUUGGGUUCUCAUUUAUAUCCUGGUGCUGCUAAUUCCACUUAUCCCAUACCCCAAGGAACUGGAUCACCUUCACCUGUCCCAUUACAAAUGGGAUCAGUUCCUGGCCCCAAAAUGCCCCAGUUUGUAGCUCCCACUCCAACGCCAAGGGGAUUUAUGCCAGUGACCGACACACCUGUCGUUCAAAGGCCUGGGAUGACACCAAUGCAAUCUGGCACCCCUACACAACCGGCUCCAAUACAACCAGCUGCAGCACCUGCUGCACCUCCACCAACUGUGCAGACUGCCGACACUUCAAAUUUGCCUGCCCACCUGAAACCCGUAAUCACAACCUUAACAAGACUUUUCAACGAGACCUCUCAAGCACUGGGAGGGUCACGUGCAAACCUUUCUAAGAAACGUGAAAUAGAAGACAAUUCAAAGAAAAUGGGUGCCUUGUUUGCCAAACUCAACAGUGGAGACAUUUCAACGAAUGCUUCUGAUAAGCUCAUUCGGCUCUGCCAGGCAUUGGACAAUAAUGAUUUUGGUACAGCACUACAAAUCCAGGUUCUUCUUACUACAAACGAGUGGGAUGAAUGCAACUUUUGGCUUGCAACCCUGAAACGGAUGAUUAAGACGAGGCAGAAUGUAAGGUAAG